CUCCUGUUUCCCACCCACAAUGCAUCAUUGCUACCAAACACAGCUCUGCCAUGUUCGUGCUCUCUGGUCGUGGAUGAAAAUCGUUGCUGCAUAGAAGCGCCUACCUAAAUUAAUCUCACGUUUUGCAUCGUCAAAAUGGUGAAAUAUUAAAGAUUGAAUGCAGCCUCCAGUUUUGUAGUCAAGACUCUAAGCGGGACGCGCCUUGCACCAUGUCAGCCAACGCUCAGGAUUAUGACUUUGAUGAAUAUGACAAACCCGGGAUUGAGCGGUCACGCAGGAGAAGGGGUGAAGAUGAUGAUCUAGAGAGUGAUUUGGAAGAGGAUUUGUUGGAGGAGGAUUGGCUGUCAAGUAAAAAGAAUCCCUCUGAAGUGUCAGAUGAAGAGCUGAAUGAUGACCUUCUACAAAGUGAUGAUGAAGAUCAAAAUAUGGCUGGUCAGGAUGUGAGCCUGAAUGCCACAUACAGCUUGGGCACAUCCUAUGACCAGCAGGGCUACUCGCAGGAAGCAGACUACACAGAUGACGUUGUGAACCUGGGUGCAGGGGGCUGUGAAGAAGGGGAUGUAGAGGAGGAGGGGUACCAGCAAGAGGGGGAAGAGGAGUACACAGAGGAAUACAGCCAGGACAACAACACAGAGAUGCCUGAGGACCAAAUGGAUUACUCUGGAGAUGUAGCUGAGGGUGACGACGGCUACCAGGAUGAAGUGCUAGACAUCCAAAUCAAUGAGCCCAUAGAUGGUGAAUUUCAAGAUGAUGAAUACCAAACCUCCUAUGCUGAUGAGCCACUGGAUGAACAUGGAGUCCAACAGGGGGAGGCCCCUGAGGAGGAGGAGGAGGAGUUGGGGCGAGAAGAGCAGCAGGAAGAGGAGGAGGAAGACACCGCCGGGGGCUCUCAGGUCUUUGACACAGACGAGGUUGAAAAUGAAGCUGUGCCUGAAGAAGAAACAAAGGAGGAAUCGGAUGAAGAGGAUGAGGAAGAUGAAGAGUCUGGCCGCAUACGGUUUAAAUCGGAGAGAAAGGAUGGUGCUGUUGUGCGAUUGGCUGACGCGGGCAAUAAAAGAAGGAACAUCCCCGAAACACUAGAACUGUCAGAGAAGGCCAAACAAGACCUGAUGGAGUUUGAGGAGCAGGAACGGCAGAAGAGACAAAACCGAUACGGAGGCCGAGGGAGAGGAGGAGGAGGGGGACGUGGAGGCAGAGGAAGAGGAUUCUUCCCUGGUUAUGGAAUGCCAGAUUUUAAAGGAGGAAACAGAGGAAGAAUGAAUGACCAGAGGCUCCCCCUAAUGGGAAACAUGGGCAUGCAGCAGCCAUCCUCCCGAAUGCCUCUUCCUCAUCAGCCUCAUCAGCAGCAACUGCAGUCCCAGCAGCACCACCCUUCGCGGCCAAGAGGACCUCCUCCCUUCCAAGAGCAUGGGCGCCCACUGGCCCAGCAGCCCCUCCAGCCCCUCAUUCCCCCGCACAUGGCUCACCGCUCACCGCCGAUGCGGCCCCAGAUGGAGCCACCACCACGGAUGAUGAGCUCCCCGCCACCCAACUUCCCUCAGCAUCACCAGCAGCAGCCUCCGCAGCCCAAAAACAUCCACAUUAACCCCCAUUUCAGAGGCCCUGCAUCAUCCUCUGUACAAGUGCCCUUGAUGCCUCCUGCUCAGAGCCAGCCCAGACCUGCUGUGGGUCCUCAGAGGUUCCCUGGACCGGGAGACUUCCAUCAACACAUGCCAGGUAAUUUUGGUCAGCCCCAGCGGCCCCCUCAUCACAUGGAGCCCUUUAGGAACCAGCCACCUCAAGGCCCCCAGGACAGAGAGCCCCUCUUUAUGGGAGAGCACACAGAGUCAACACGGUUUCCAGGGCAGCACAUGUUUGAUCACCAGGGCCCCAGCCCUCUGAUGAACAGCGGCAACAACCUACACCAGCAGCAGCUGCCCGGCCAGGGCCAAAUGGGCUUCGGCCCACCAGGACCAGCCUUCAACCAGCCGGGCCAGGGCCCACUAGGACUAUUUCCAAGAGAACCUCCAAGACCCAACCUCCCUCACCACCAAGGUCACCAGGGAAUGGUCGGCAUGAAUCAACAAGGUGGCCCCCCCAACCAGCCCCGGCCCUUCAUGGGCCCUCGUCAGCCGUUUGGCCAGCAGGGGAACCUUUUCCAUCCUCCACAAGUCCAGUUUGGGAUGCAGGUACGACUAAGAGGCUUAAUGCAUGGCCCUCCCGUCUCCCAGCUUCCGCAUCAUGACCCCAUGCCAUCCCAUCAGCCUAUGCACCAGCAGCAGCAACAUCAUAGGCAGGAGUUAUCCCAUCAUCAGCAGCAACAGCUAAAUCUCAAUGAGCCUCGCCCCAUGAUGCACCAUGGGCAGAAUCCCUUCCAUCAACAGCAGGCGCAUGGUAGCCCCAGGCAGAUGACUCCCCGCCCUCAGAACCCCCAACAGCGCAACAUGUCCAACAGGCAAAGGAUGAACACACCUGUUUCCAAGCAAAUGCAGAUCCUUCCUCAGCGCAACAGCAAUCUACGGGAGCUUCCCGUAGCACCUGGCAACACAACCAUGAACAGUGCCCGCCCCGCCGCCUCCCCUGCCGCCAACGUCAGGCCUGUUGCCAAGGCAACACAGGGGGUGCGUCCCGUGCAGAACACUCAGCCGGUGUUUGACGGUGGCAGAGGAAGAGGCCAAGUUGCUGCCAAGACUGCUUCACAGCCUGGGGGAGCAGGCAGGACAGUGGUUCGCAAGGAAAUCCCAAGCACACCGUCCAGCGAGGCACCACAGGACCCUGAUGAGGACGAGGAUAUGCGUCAGUACCGUCUGAAGAUCGAGGAGCAGAAGCGUCUGAGAGAGGAGAUCCUGAAGAGGAAGGAGAUGAGACGGCAGAUGCAAGCUGGCGUCAGGAAGAAGGAGCUGUUAGACAGGAUCAACUCCCAGACAAAUACUCCAAACCAAGGCCCAGCUCCUUCACAGAAUCCAUCCGUACAACAAAAUCAACAAACACCACACCCCGUUGUACAACAACAACAACACCCACAACCACCACAGCAGCAAGAACAAAAACAGCCACAGCAGCAGCAGCAGCAACAACUACAGCCACAACAGCAGAGACAGUUUUCUCAGAGAACACAACAAUCGUUAAAUCAGUCAUUAAAAAAUCCUAAUCAAGGCAUCCCCAUUUCUCCCAACGGGGCUGCUCAGACCCCUACACCACGUCCCAAUGUCAAGACACGCCUGCAGAUGGUAAAGGGUAAUAACCAGCAGCAACAGACUCCCGGGCCUGGUCCUGACCAGCAGUGGAAGCCACCCCAACAAAAUCAGCAGCAGCAGCAGCAGCAGCAGCAGCAGCAGCAGCCACUACCACGAAGGAACAGUGCUCUGCAGAACGUAAACAGACCUGGCGCUCAGAUCCAGUCUACUCAGGUCCCCCAAAAGAACAUACCUGUAACUUCCUCAGUGGGCCCUGGCCAGACUCAAGGACCGAAACCUGGGGCUAAAAGAACUGUAAUGCAGCGGGCAAAGAAUUGUGGCAGUGAAGGCCAGCAGGUGCCACAAAAAGUCAGAGUCGUCAAACUUUCAGGAGCGGCUGGAAAGGGGCCUGAGGCGAUGGGUGUCCCAGUGCAGCAACAAGGCACCUGGUCGGCAACCCCACUCAACCAGGGCGUCCAAAGGAAGGUUACCAUGGCAGGACAGCAGCCACAGGGACCAGGCGGAACACCGCAGGCUAGCCGAGGGGGCAUGGGCAACCCCCAGCAAAACAGGGUGGUUGUGUCGGGCCGGGGCCGAGGUAGAGGGGGUGGUCAGAUGGGUCGAGGACGUCCGAUGUCCACCAGACAAAGCCAAAGAGGUGCAGAGAGUGAACACUGUACGGUGUCCAUAGAGGGCCUCUCCUCAUCCACAACCGAUGUUCAGCUGAAGAACCUUCUGAGAUCCAUCGGCCCCAUAGAGAUGUUCAAAAUGAUGCCUCAGCAGAGGAAAGCAGUCGCCACCUUUUCCAGUCCCCAGCAUGCAGCGAGUUUUCAAAUGAGCUUCCAUAGGCACAUGAUUGAUUUGUCCCACAUUGAUGUGUCGCUGAUUGAUGGAUGAGGAGCACAAUAAAGCGAGGGAGUCCUGUUACAAGAAGUUGCUGUCUCCUGAUGUGGGAGCCUCUCAUGUACAGCUCCAACCUACCGCAGGAAUAUUUCUUCAACCCUCUGGGGUCAAUCACAGUCAUCGUGUCUGCACAGAAGCAUCGUUCAUCUCCUGUCAACUCGGAACAAUGAACACAAAGACGUUAGCUGCGAGCAUGCCUGUGUUUGACUUUGUCUACCAUUGUCCUUUGUUGUAAAAUGGCACUGGAGAGACACUGAACAGUUAAUCCUACUUUGAUGUAGUUUGUGAAGAAUGUUUUUGUGCAUUUUACAUGGACACUAAGUAGUGCUUAUCAUGGGAUAAUGGUUGCUCCCCCCCUCAAUAAGAGUCAUUACAACAAACAAAAAAGGACAGUUGAACUAUGUUAUUCUGAUCACUGGUAUUUUUUUAAUAUUCGUGGUUCGCUGUUUGUUUCAGAUACAGGGAAUGGUUGUGGAAGAUUGUGGCCAGUAUAUUCAUAUAGCAGUGUUUCUUCUUCUCUGUAGAUGGCAGUAUUUCAUCACUAUUGGAGCUUCAUUUUUUUCCAACCCAAGACAGCUUUCAGGUAGAGUUAAGUCUCCAAGCUGUUUGUGGGUAAAUGGCACUGCCUAGUGGAGAACAUGUAUACAAGCACAGAGGAGGCCUGGUUGUAUAUAAUGAUUUAACUCAUAUUGUCAUAGGACGCAACAGGAUAUGGUUUUCCUGAAUUCCCAGCGGUUUUGGGAAUGGUAAAUGCUGCGACUGUAUUGUGUAGAUUCAGUGGUGCUUUUUGGUUUCAGUUCUGCCUCUCGAUCAGAUUGUUCAGAUCACCUCUCUCAUUUUUAGGUUCGUUCAUUUGAGAUGGCCAAUUUUUCUAAAUGUUAGUAGGUCUUUUAACUGAUACCUGGAAUGCAUUUUUGGAAAGAUCUUUCAUACCUUUUUGAUGUAUAUUUUAGUUGUUUGUCCUAUUAUGGAGUAGUCACGGAUUUAGAUUUCUAGUCUGUGGCGAGUGUGCUUUGAGGGAGUGCAAAUGUACUUUUUUUUGAGAGAGAGAGUUUUUAUGAUGACAACUUCAACGUAUAUUGUUGGGAAUUUAAUACUUGUCUUAUUUGGUAGAUCCAAGAGAACUGCUUACAAUUCUCCACAGAAUACACACAUUUCUGUAAAUUUUUACUAAGAUAUACAUUUUGCUUACUCCUUUCUGAAACUGGUAUAAUUGGUCCAAGUCUGUGCAACUAUCAAUUGGUAAUUUGGUGUCUGAUCACUGAACUGCAUAGUGUAUCUGGAAUAGCACUUUGAACAACUUGCCUUCGCACUGAGCUCGUACUAUAGAUGUUUGGCUGAAACAGAAAAGUAAACCCCCAUAAUGUUUAAUGUCAAAUUCCCCUCAUUAUUAUUAAUAAUACAUCCUCUGUAAAGUUUGGGCUGUUCAAGACACAAAAAGUCACCUUUUUUAAAAGAUGUAUGGGAAGUGGUAACUACAGGCACUUGAACAAUCUCUAAUGCAUCACUUUAUUUUAAAUUUCUCAGAGCAUGUGCCCUUGUUUGGGAACUGCAACCACAUUAGUGAAAACCUUGAAUUCUCUAAAUAAUAAAUGUCUGUUUGGCUUUCAGUUUGAUUCCAUUAGACAUCAUCAGACUAAAUACAGCAAGAUAUGCUCAUUUAAUUUUUCCAUCAUUAAUUACAUGAUUGAUUUUUUUUUUUUUUUUUUUUUUUUUUUUUUUUUACUUAUCACACAAUAGUUUUGCCUGUUCCAGGAUUAAAAUUUGUCAAAAACGAACAUCGUUUAUCUGUGUUUGCUAAUAACUCAAGCUCAGAAGUGAAUUUGGCUUUCAUCAUUAAUAGGAAGGUGAGGGGGCAACCAUUAUGUGUCGUGAUCAUGUACAUAAGUAGACCAGAACUUUCACUCAAUAUUUAUCCUGUUAACUUUUUUUUUUUGAGUUAUUCUUUACUCAUGUUGUAUCAAGUUAAAACAUUUUUAUAUGUAAGGAUAUGCUGAUGUGUCCAGACAUAAAUCAUUUUACAAGUGUUUUUGUUUCUAAUUUCGAGCCAAAAAGAAAAAUGACUGGACCACAUUUCUGUUUAUAAGACAUUUGACAAAAAAGUUUAAGGGAAAACAAGAAAACAAUAAAAACAUGGCCAAUAUACCGUGAACAUGCAGGUAUGUGAAGCCGGUUAAACCUUA